AUAUGAGCCCGUGUUGUGGAUGUAUGGCAGUGUUUCUGGAACGUUGAACGCCCCGAAACUGGAAAAGCGAUUUUGCGAGGAAUAGUUGCCGAUGGAGGCCGUUGAAAUACCUGGAUUCGGGCCGGCAGAAGCGGAGAGAUGCUCGGGAUCGUCGAGGUGCUGGUGGGAUCCAUUCCUAUGUGUUGGCAGUCAUCAGCGCUUGUGCUUCCGGUGAGAUGCAGCAAAGCUGCCCACUGGCUGGAGCGCAUGAAUGCCCAGACGUGCUACGUGGAACGAACGAAAAUGAAGCUGCAGGAGCCGCAGAAUCUCACGAUGGUCUCACAGCGACAAUGUGACGAUAAUGGCUGCGGUGUAACAUGUGGUUGUCGGCGCACCAACCCGACGACAAGGAACAGCUUGCAUGGGAGAUGCACGCCACCGGGGGUCGACGAAUGGAAAGAGACGAGAAAUGAGUACGUACCUGGAACUGUGGUGGGAUACACCGGGGUCCGCGAGGAAGCGCCCGGCUCCUGCCCCGGGAAAGGUGAAGGUCGGAUCGCCAGGCUGAUGCAACGAAUUAUCGCGCUGCAGCUCGAGUGGUGGAAAGACUGUGCGCGGCGUGUGACUGCCGCUGAAAUGGUCGAGGCAGUCUUGUUCGGAGAUGGUGUACUCGUGGGGGAGGGGAAGAGGUGGGAGAAGCGGUCCUGCAUCGGCAAGUCAGCUCCGCUCGGCUUGUUCUUUGAUCGACAAUCUUGUUGGCGAUGGGCGUUGUGCAUGGAGGAUGCAAGGAAACGUGAUUCGCCCGGUGUUGCUCACGGCGCUCGUGUGACCGCGACAAGCUUUGGAGAUUGCCGGGGCCAGGGACUGGGCGCGGGAUCACAAGAGCACCAAGAUUGGGCUGCUAUGCGUGUCGGAUGACAAGAGUUGCGGGAAUUGGUCGGCAGAUGGGAAGGGGGAGGGAUGCAAUUCGCGAGUGUGGCAAAGCAGGAUGCAAGUCGUCGGGUUGGGAGGGCGAUGCAGAAAGCUAGUAGCUUACCUUGGUCCAUUGUGCUGUCGGAGCUGGCUGGGGUAUUGUGCUGGGUACCUGAUGUUUAAAACCGGUCAGCCUUG